UUUUAUAAAUUUAAUUGCUAGCAGAGGACCAACAAGUAUUUCAAUUCGAAGUUCCAUUCACCAAAAUAAAAUAAGAGCAAACGGAAAAAAUGACGCUCGUGCCAACCACGUAUGGCAGUUACGCGCGUGAACUCGACCGCCCAAGUUACUAUCCACCAUAUGAUUUUCAUCUAUACCCCUACCUCUGGGACGAUGCGCGUUUGUGGUGGCCCUCAACGGAACGUUUGCUGCGUCCAUUGGACGACUUGGUUACGCGUCGCGUGCGCAAUCAGUUAAUACAAUCCUCAAUGCUGGACUGGCGUUAUCCGAUGCGUUGGGAGAAUUACUAUGCGGGCGAGCGGGUGCAUGUGGACGAGAAGGGCUUUCAAGUGGACAUUGAUGUGCGUCAAUUUAAGCCGCACGAGAUUGUGGUGAAGACCAACGAUGACUAUGUGAUCGUGCAGGGCAAUCAUGAGAAGCGAAAUGAUGGCAAUGGACUUGUGGAACGCCACUUUAUACGUAAAUACUUACUGCCACGCGGUUUCAAUGCCAACGAUGUGAUUUCGAAUCUUUCCUCCGAUGGCAUUUUAACCAUCAAAGCGCCACCUCCACCGCCGACUAAGUACUAUACGCCGAAUGAGCGCUUGGUGCGGGUGCAUGAAACGGGUAAAUUGGCAUUGCCCUGGAAAUGAGUAUGAUUCGCUUGAGUGGCAGAAAAAAAUUUAAAAAAAUA